AUAGCAACCCGGAGCAGCGCUUCCCUGGCUCUCCCUCUUUCCAACCUUCCUCCCCAAUUCCAACUCCCUAUCCCCUGAAGCCCAUCAUAGGGUCCCCUUAGACCUCUCCGUCUCCCCUCCCGCCGAGUAGCCCAAGAUUUCAACCCAUCAGCCAGGGGGAUGGCAUCCACAUCUGCCAGGAAUGGAGAUAAAAAGGACAGCUGGCCAUCUCAAGCUUCAGCCUCCUUAGGUGGAGGGCAGAAAGUCUCAUUAUCCCGUUCUGAAGAAUUCCUGACCCAGAUCAGCGCAGAACUUGCUGAUGAAGCACUGUUUAUUGCUCGCUCCCACAUGAACCCUGUGCCCAUCAAAGAAAAGCAGACAAAAGACCAAGGGACUCAGAUAUCUAGACAUGUGUUCUUCACUAAAUCCCGUGGUACAGACACACGCUCUGACAGAAAUCGCACCCGCACCAAGGCACACCUUCUGCCAUCUCCUCGUGAAAAGCACUGUCCUGGAGUACAGCACCGAGCAAAAUAAAGCCCUGCUCUCCAGAAGAGGAAGAUGAAGGAUGAGUGGUGGGAAGAUAGG